AUGACCUCUACCUUGAGCUCGUCCUCUCGCGGCUUCCGUCCGCUCUCGGCCUCAUCACCCGCUAGCCGGACCUCGCAGCCGCUCCCAGGUCCGCUGGCCAAGAUUGCCGAGGCCGCCCGCCAGAACCAGAUCCUGGCGCUGCAGGCGUUUCAGGCAGCCGCAGCUGCCUCUGCGGCAUCGUCGUCGUCGUCGUCGUCGCCGCCGGGCUCCCCACCCUUUGCAGCGUCCACGUCGGCCAUCUACCCCUCGAUCGCCAGCGCCUCCUCCAAGCGCAGCCGCAAGUUCCAGGCGGUCCGGGCUCCUGGCUCGUCGACGACGGCAUCCAGCAGCUCCUCGGGCUCCAACUCUCCCACCGGCGGCCGCAGCUCGGCCAAGCUGGUCCCGCUCAUCACCACCACGGUGCCCCACUGGGCUCCAGAAGGCUCCCAUCCGCUCAUCGACCCGGCCUCGGGACGUCGUUCAGAGAUUUACUCGCUCACAAACGAUCGCUACCCAGGCGCCCCCGGCACCGCCCUCGCCAAGGCCCGCGAAGCACAGCAGAAGGCCAUCGCGGCCGCCAAGAAGGAGGCCGCCAAGAAGCUGGCGUCCAAGGCAGAGCUCGAGCAUCUCGGCGUCAAGGGCCUCGGCAAGAAGCGCAAGAGCAGCAGCCCCUAUGCCAGCAUCAACGCUGCCGGCACCUCUGCCGGCACCUCGUCCGCGGCCCACGAACGGGGCGGCGCCGCCAUGAGCCGGGAGUCGUCUGCGACCUCCCGCGGCCGGACCACCAGGGCCGCCAACAACGCUGCCAGCUCGUCUGCCGCAGCCACAGAGUUGGCUUCGGGGUCUGCCUCCCGGUCCCGUCGACCGGCGUCUCGCAGCAACUCGCCUGUCCCUCUGACGUCGAACGCAGGCUCGGGCAAGAGGGGCGGCGCACGCAACACUGCCAGCUCGACGGUCGACGAAGGUGCCCACGGCAAGCCGACCUCGCAGGCAGCAUCCCGACACUCGCCAUCUCGCGGCAACAGCCCGCCAGAAGCGACUCUGAAGCCAUCCCACAGCGCCCUCAGCUCCACUGCGCCUUUCCAGAGCAGCCCCCUGGCCGCCGGAAGCCUAACGAUGGAGCCGUCUCAAGACGCCGAACCGAGUGCUGCUGCUGACGCCGCCGCCGCUCCCGAAGGCACCGCCAAGAAGGCGUCGACGAGGGCCUCUGUCGAGCCGUCCUCCGGCAACCUGCCAGGGCCCCGCGGAGCCUCUCUCAAGCGCAAGGCCAGCGCGCUCAGCCAAGAAAUCUUUGCCGAUGGCGAGACGGGCGAGGACGCCGCGACGGCAAAGGCAGUCGCCGAGAGCCUCGACGCUGCCGACGACGUCGAUGCGUCCAAGAGGGCGAGGCUCGAACUGGAUACCGACAAGGCUGCCGAACGCCCCCAACGCAAGGCGUCGCCGCCCUCGUCGUCGUCGUCGAGCCGCCGCACCUCGCCGCGCACGAAGGACCAGAAGCUGGCUCCGCUGGCCGACGGUGCGGAUGCCGCGCUCAACAAGUACGGUGCGCUGGCCGCCGAAUCCGCGGAUGCGACCAAGUCGAGGCUGUCGGCUCUGGCGCUCGAGCACGCGAAUGCCUCGGCCGAUCCGGCACAGAGCGGCAACGGCGCCAAGCGGAGCGGUCGCCCGCGCCGGGGCGGAGCCAAGAGCGACGUCGACGCCGAAGAGGUGAGGGACGAGGAUCUCGGCGCCGCCUCGACCAAGACGUAG